AUGUCGACUCGGCCAUUAUCGUCGGCCUUGCGGUCUCUGGGCGGUUGCCACGGCCCGUCAGGGAGGCUCAUGGCCUGCCCCUGGCGGCAAUUCAGCUCCACGCCGACACGCGCCGUCAGUGCCAUCUUUUCGGAAACGGAAAAUGUCGAGCUCAACGCAAUCCUCAAAAACAUACAGGAGACAAUUAUCCUGCCGGCAUACCUCCCGGAGAAGCAGCGGAGGAUAGUCUUUGAUCCCAAGAAGCGAACGUACAUGGAGCAGAACCCCAUCGUCAUCGAUGUCGAGGGCCUGGAGCACAAGUUUUCAACCAUUGACCGGUUCAAGGACAUUGAAAACUCCAAGAAGCUCCUCGCGCAGGCGCUGAGCAAGAUGCAGAGCCCUGCCGAGUGGAGCAACUUGGCAACGCUUCUGGCUGGGUACCGGAAAGCCGGCAUCAGGCUCCAGGCCGACCACUGGGGCAAGAUGGUGCGCAUGGCCGGCGAGACGGGCAACAUCCAGGCCAUCAUCGAAUGCGCAAAGCAAGCAGACAAGACGGGCUUUUCUCUCGGCAGGCGGGAGACGGCCGUCCGGACGCUCGUCUACAUCAACGAGAAGGCAAGCAGGCAGAUGCACGCUCAUGCGCUGGGGGCCUUGAGGGCGGCGGAGGUUGUACUCGACAUGCUGCAACGACCCGAGCACGCGCGUGCGGCCAAGCGCACACGCAACAGUCUCCCCUUUUCGCGCAUCAUUCGCGGCAUAACUCUUUUCACGAGAAGUGCAGCUUGUAAUGUCAAGCUGGCCAGCAGAGAUGAGGGCGUCGACCAGGACCUGCUUCUCCUCGAGGACGAAGUGGCUCUGUUCCGCUCCCUGUGGAAAGGGCCGCUGCCCGACGACCUCACGCAGCUGAGGGAGUUUGCCGAGCUGAACGCGACACUGGACAGGAAUUCCGGGCGCAAGAUUCCCCGAGCCCUCAACGGUUUCUGCUACGUGCAGGCCCUGGCCCAGGGCAUCAGGGGCACCAUCCUGGCGGAAGAGCUACUCGGCGACAAGGCCAAGGAUUUGGCCCGUGUGCGAGAGGCCCUUGAGAAGCACGUGCAUGAGUUUGUGCAGACAGCUCCGGGCCGAAGCCAGGGCUGGAUAGACGAGUACGAACUCGUUACGGGCAAGCGGCUAGAGCUGCAGAGUGCGCCCAAACAAGAGCCGGACAAGGCCCCGGCGCCGGCCUCUGAGCAGGAGAAUAGUGUAUGA